GGUGCAGUUCAGUCCAGACCACCAUCAGACACACUCUACAGGUUCAAGUUAUCCAGUCUUACAAUGUUCGAUUCUGCAUGAUUUUGAUCUAUUUGAUCGUCAUAGCAGAAAAGUGCAGUACUUAUACCAUACAGCAGUGCUGUACGGUUCGCAGGCUCGUCAUUGCCUGAAUCCGUAAAACUGCGAAAAAUCAACGACGUAGUAAGGGAACGAGAGAACAUCAGCACCCUUGUUCUGCGUCGGAUUGUGAAAAAACACGAUGGAGACCGAAUCACUCGACCUCGAGGACGGCGAAGUCGUUGACAACGAUGACGAGGCAAGUGAUGAUUUCGGGACCUACAAGAUUGUGCAGAGACCUCACAAUCAAGUUGGUGCUUUUGGGUCACAGAAGGUCUUGCAGAGACCUCGCAAUCAAGCUGAUUCUUUUGGCCCAUACAAGGUCUUGCAAAGACCUCAUCACGUGGCUUCUGUACCAGAACAGUCAAAAAAUCUCGGGUACAGUGACGAAUCGGAUUUGUCAGGAGCUACUGAAAGCGAUUCAGAUUCAGAUGAUGGGCCUAAAUUCGUUAAACGACCUAAAAUCAAGAUAAAGCGAUGUAAAACAUCAAGUCACCAAUCUAGGUCUGCAAAUGACAAAUACAAAGUUUGGUGUAGACAAGUGCAGGAAGAAUCACUGACAGAAGAUUUGCUCUCUUGUGGUGUUACCAAAAGUCAGUAUCGCGAUCGCAACGUGGAAAGUUAUGAUUACAAGCUUUCAUGUAGACGUAAUGACAAGCACAGGGAUAAUACUUCAGAAGAAGAAGAUCAGGAGGUAAAGCCGAGAGUGACUAAAAAGAGGACGUGUUCCGAUAGGCGUGAUGUUAAGUUAAGAUUGGGCAAAAGAAGAAACAAUCCUGAAGAAAAUAAAAAAGGAUCAGCUCGCACGAUUUUAGAUUUGACUGUUACAGCUGAGUCAACUGAGGAGGAUGUAGCUGCUGAUAUUGCUGACAAAUUAUCAGAAAAAAAAGAUGCUCUGAUAAGAAGGAUAGUUGAUGUUUUGGGGAAACAAAAAGCCAUUUACUUUUUUGAAGAAACAAAAAAAAUAGAGGAGGAAGGUGGCAUGUUGAUUAUGAAUGGUUCCAGAAGGAGAACUGCUGGCGGAGUUUAUCUUUUCCUCGUCAAGAAUGAUGAUCACAUUCCUCAACCGAAAAUUCGCGAGAUAUUUUAUCAAGAAAAAAAAGAAAUUGUAGACAGAAGAAAAAUGAUUGAAGCGUCACAUAGAAACCAAAAGAGUCAAGAACUUAUGAAGUUGUUAGAGAACGGUUCAGAUAAGGACCUACCAACUUUGUUGAAUCGAGCAGAGCUCUCAACACAACAAAUUGCAGAGGAAGUUCGGUUGUUAAGAGGGGAAGGAAUGGAUAGAAUCACUAUCGAUUCCGAACGCACGGUUACCAAUCCACCACCAAGUCCUGUGACUGAUGAUCCGGACCACUCCGAGCUAACGACAUCCAACCCCGAUUGCUUGAGGCAUGUUCAGGAUUACAGCGACGAUUUCCUCGAUCUUGGUGUAGAAGUUGACAUGGAGGUGUUUUAAGUCAAUUAACCGAACAAGUUUUCAUCGUCUUUUUCUUGAAUCAUUUCAAAACACCUCAGAAAGUCUUGUUAAUUUCAAUACUAUAGAUUCGUCAUAUUGUUUAUUGUUCUUUAAGGUAAACUUUGAUUUUUUAUAAUUAUAAUGAUUUAAUAAUAAUGUCCAAUAUUAAAGAAAGCGUUUUUGUUAUUGUAAAUACGCGCGUGUUAAGAAAAAGCUAAAGUUGUACAGACCUUUGCAAAUAUCUAUGUGAAUUUUCGUAAAUAAUUAGAAAACUUUGUGUAAUUGAAGAAACAAAUAGCCAUAAUGGAAAAAAAAAAAAAAAAAAAA